CUUUCAUUUCAAUCUCACCACAUAAGUGAUAGUUAAAGGAUUAUAACAUAAUAUACGAAAAUGGCUGUCGAACGAGCCUUCUUGAUUUUUCUAGCAAUAUAUUGUAGCUUUGGUCAAUCAAAUGGACAGGAUUGCGUGCCUAGCGUCACGAGUGUAACAAUCGCGUCUAACUCGACCUUAUUUUGGGAAGUAGACCCCGACAGACCAUGCGAUGUAACUAGUUUCACGGUGGACAUCGUAGGCGACAAAGAAGACGAAUACCACUUCAGCGUCCGUGAAGACUUCAUAGACGUGUCUUUCUUGCCCAUCUGCGAGAGAUGGCAGUUUACAAUCACUCCAAUUUCAUACGACGUCGUAGGGUUUCCACACAGAAUGACUUCUUACAUCCCCCUACCCCCAGACACUGACCUGGCCUUAGGCUACUUCACCUUCAACGUCAGUGGCAGAAGCGUUUUCCUGGCGUGGGAUUUGACGAACCAGACCCACGGAGAUUGCUCUUUGGAAUACCGUUUAACCGUCGAGGAUCUAGACCAGGGCACAAUGCAUGACGUGUACAUGGAAGGAAAAUCCGCCUAUAUACCUAACGUCUCUCCUUGUAUUUCCUAUCAACUUAACCUACGAGCUAUUAACCAAGCGCACCCGACUAUAGAGGGGCCACUGAGGAGGCUGUAUAUACUCCUCAAUCCCACACCUCAGUUUGCUCCAACGCUGAGGUCGAUCGACGUCAAAGCUACAUCUAUCGACAUGAGUUGGCAUCUGGAGGGAGAAUCCAAUAGGUGUCCUUUAAGCAGUUUCCACAUAGAUGGCGGGGCGUAUUUCAAUUCAACGGUGUCCUUGCAAGGAUCGACAGAGCCGACGGUGGCUUCCGUACAUAUCGAUUCUCUCCUGCCCAACAGCAUGUACUUCAUGACGGCUUCAGUGGAAAAUAGCGGGGGGAGGUCUCCAAGUGCCCCGAUAGCUGUACAGACCAUUGAUCUGUCUCCCGAUUAAAUAUUUUUGGAGCAGAACGAUCGGUUUCGCUGGAAAUUUUUAUAAUACUGGCAUGUUGUUUCAAGGAAAUAAUUACAAUUACAAAAUGU